AAAGAAACUUCAUCAUGAAUUAUGGCACAAGAAUCACAGAGAUUUGAAUUUAUUUGAAACCCUAACUCAUUCUCACUUGGGUCGCCUCAAAAGAUCUUAAAAAAUGAAAAAAUAACUUCUUUUUUUAUCCCGAGUUUUCUGGAUGGGUGUUGUUACCCUAAAUCAACAGUUUUUGCAGUUUCUUCAUCCAAAACUGACCCAUUUUGUAAGACGUGUAAAGGAUCAAAGGCUUCGUGGGUGAUCGGCUUUCAUUUCAAAGUGACGUCUUUCUUAUUUUUUAGCCUAGGUUUUUUGAUGAAGUGAUGAUGGUAUUUUCGAAUACCCAUUUCGUCACAUUUCGCGGGGUUGAUAGCUGAUGUAAUGUAUAAUGGAAAUAGCAAGUGGGUCGGUCUAUGACUGAGAACUUACAUUUGAUUGUUUACGCCUUUGGUGCUAUCCGUCUCCGGUUUUUCCGGAGACAUUGUUUUUGCUCUUGAAUUUUUGAAGAUCAUGUGAAGGACUGACUUGCUUGGAAUUGAUAGAUGAGCUAAUGUCAUGGUUGGUUGACAGUAAUAGAUUUGCAACAAAAAUCAAGAAUGCAUCUGGCACUCGUGAGACUGAAAGAGUCAAAUGGAAAAGCAAUCCUAGUAGAGCUUGCCCGAAUUGCCAGCAUAUAAUUGACAAUAGUGAUGUUACUCAGGAGUGGCCAGGAUUACCUAGAGGUGUGAAAUUUGAUCCAUCUGAUCAGGAGAUCAUAUGGCAUUUACUUGCAAAAGUUGGAGUUGGGAAUUUGGAAGCACAUCCUUUUAUUGAUGAGUUCAUCCCAACUGUUGAGGAAGAUGAUGGAAUCUGUUAUACCCAUCCUCAGAAUCUACCAGGUGUAAAGCAAGAUGGAAGUGCAGCUCACUUUUUUCAUCAAGCAAUCAAGGCUUAUAAUACUGGAACUCGAAAGCGUCGAAAGAUACAUGGUGAUGUUUUCGGUGAUGUUCGUUGGCACAAAACCGGCAAGACCAAACCUGUGAUUUUGGAUGGGGUUCAGAGAGGGUGUAAGAAGAUUAUGGUUCUCUACGCAAGCAUAGUCAGGGGUGGGAAACCAGAGAAAACAAAUUGGGUUAUGCACCAGUAUCACCUGGGUACUGGAGAGGAUGAGAAAGAUGGGGAAUAUGUUAUUUCUAAAGUCUCUUAUCAGCAGCAACAAGUCAAGCAGAGUGACAAAAUUGAACAAGAUUUUCCUGAAAGCUCUGGUGCCUUAAUUGCAAAAGUAGAUCCAGUUACUCCCAAAUCUGCAACUCCUGAACACCCUCUUACUGAAAGAAGAAAUUCUGACUUUAACCCAGGACAAGAGUCUCCUAUUGCUUGCAUGGAUUCCUCAGUUCAGCAACCUGACAUGGGGCAUUUAGAAGGUGAGGUGCAAACUGAAUGUGAACAGAUUGAUUGCCAAAAUAUCCUAAAGGCAGAAAAUUGUGUUGAUGAAGUCUUAGAUCAUAAUGAUAAUCAUGGUGAGGAAGAAGCAAAAUGGUGGGACAAUGAGUCGCAGUUUCUGUUAGAUUCACAGCAACUUGUGGAAGGGUUGUCCAUCUGUGAUGAGUUUCUUCAGAGCCAGUCUCCCAAUAGGGAAGGACAUGAGAAUGGGAACGAUGGGCAUGUGACAAGCAAACCCCGUCUCUCUGAUUAUGCUAACUUAGGAGCAGAGGACUUAAAGAAGGAUCUGGAGGAUUGCCAAGAUCUGGUCCUUGAUCCGGCAAACAUAGAACUCGAUACACCUCCUGAUUUCCGGUUGAGCCAGCUUGAAUUUGGAUCUCAGGACAGCUUUAUUGCCUGGGGUGGUGAGCAAGGUGGUUGACAAAAUUUGGUUUGAGCGUUUUUCAAUCUCGGUUACAGAACAAGUGCUGAACUUUUUGUAUUUUGUCAAAACCUGGUGGCUUGCUAAGUUAUCCUUGGGUCUCCAAACAUGCAUUUCCAUAAUUACUGUUUAUAAAACCUAUGCUGUAACUGUAUCUUUGCUUUUGAGAAUAGCUCGAAUGUACGGUUUGUUUGCUCUUCCCGAACUUUGAGCAUAAAUCCAUCUGGUGGAUUUCAGAGACUUUUGUUUAAUUAAACAUGAAGUAUAUUGUAUAUGUUUUGAAACCCUUCUCUUGUUGAUUGCAUUCUAGAUAAUGAUAUCAGCCAAUUUUGUAA